AUGUCACAGUCAUUUUUAUUGGAACCAGAUAUUAUUGCAGCGACUGAAAAUGUUAUGCCUGACUUGAAUAACGAUCUAGUGCUUGCAAAAAACUUUUUAAAACAGCAGAGCGCGGCAACCGGUGAUAACUUAUAUGAUCACCUGGUGGAUCUAGUGCACAAAAUCCUUAAGCACAAACCGCCCGAUGUAGUCGACAACUUCGAGCAGUUCUCCUGGGAGGUGAAACAAGAGAAGCUCAGGCCUAAUUUUGAUUUGUUGAAUGAUGUGUAUUUGUCACCGCCGCAGCUCGCCAUUGCGAGGAAAAUGGAUGAAAUGUUCAAGCUGGUUGCUAGCAAGUCACAGAAGUUACAGGAGCAGGGCGAAGAAGAACAAGAGUUGGAUCUUGAAGAAGAGUCCGACAAGCCGAGGAUAACCGAUCUUAUUGAUCAUAACUACUAUUUCCGUCAGGCAGGCUAUGGACUUCCAGAUAGUGAAUGCUACGCACUAUAUAUAGCUUUAAACAUGUUGGCCAUCAAGGAGCCCGUUGCUACUGUCAGGUUCUUUGGAAAGAUUUUCGGAACGCAAGCUAAUUAUUACGUGGCUGAGACUGAUCUCACGAUAGAAGAACUGGAUCGAAGAAUACAGGAGUUCGAUAUGAAAGACAUGCCUGGCGAGGGUGAGGGUUUGGACGAAGAACGCGUGCCGGAGCAAGCCGAGGAACAGGAAAUCUUGGGAGAAGGAGAGACACAGGAACAGAUACCGAAGGAACCGGUACCUCCCAAGUUGCCUCCCAUACCAGUAUCUACGUGGCAACCGAAACCUACCAUACCGGUCGAAAGACCCGGCCAAGGAGUUAAUAAAAAGGUGUACUGGGUGUGUAAUUUGCCCGGUGAUCCAUGGACCUGUCUACCGGACACAACUCCGGAACAAAUCCGUGUGGCGAGGCUUAGUUUACGCGCCAUGAUCGGAGAUCUGGACGCUGAGGUACAAACGUUCCCGCCAUUCGAAGGCACGGAGCGUCACUACCUGCGUGCUCAGAUCGCGCGGAUCGCCGCUGCCACAUCGAUAUCGCCCCAGGGCUUCUACACCUUCGGCUCUGGGGAGGAGGAGGAGGACAUCGACAUGGAGGAAGCCGGAGAUAUGAAUUUCAAUCAGAACCCGUUCUACCAGGGGCACACGAUCAAAGACCUUGUCGAUCCAGAGUUGGGGUACUGGGUGCACCACGGCAGACAUAUCCUCAAGCAGGGUAGGACCAUUUGGUGGAACCCGCGUCCCGAAAUGCAGGAGGACGGCGAAGAGGAGGAAGAUGAGAAUCCGCCUAUCGUUGAGGCGGAGACGGGUCCAUCGUUAUUUGCGCCGCUGUCCGCGGACGCUUCCAAAUCUGGCGCGACAUGGAGCCCGCGCGUUAGCUCCGCGCUGGGCGGCCGCGCGCUCGCCGUGAUGAGAUGUAACCUUUGGCCCGGAGCGACAGCUUACGCUACAGAUGGCAAGAGAUCAGAAUGCAUGUACGUCGGUUGGGGCCUAAAGAAUCAGCCACCAAACUUUUCGCCGCUGCAGCUGCCACGGCCCCAGGACGAGUACCCCGUGGGACCCGAGGUGAUGGAGAUGGCUGAUCCGACCUUUGCCGAUGAAGAGGCGUACCGCAUCGCCCAUCUACCGCCAGCUCCCCCAGAGAUCCCAGGAGAAGGUGGUGAGGAAUUCAGCGAGGAAGAAGAGGAUGAAGACUAA